UGCAUACGGUAGUAUUAACAACACGCACUAAAAUAAAUUAAUAACAGAAAACAAUUAAAUGAAACAAUAAAUAAAUCAAUAAUAUAAAAAAAAACUGUUUGCUUUAAUUCCAUUUCUAACUUAAAUUAAAUGUACAUGUAUUUGUUAUCUUCAGAUCCAUUAACAGGUAAUUUAUAGCAGGUAUUGUCGCCGACAUAGACAACAUUUGUGAAAACUCAUGUCAAAAGGAAACAAUGCUAUCAAAUAUAAUGCUUGGUGAUUCCCCAGGACAAAGACAGACAAUGGAUGCACCACAACGAACAGGAAUUGUAGAACGAACGGCACGCUUCAAUACAAAACUUUAGUGAUGAAUAAACAGCGUUAGUAUAAUAAUCAUUAUGGACAUGGAUUGCAAGAUACACAACAUUAGAUUAAAUAGUCCCGAUUUAACUUUACACUAUUGUCUCAUAUAAUAGCUGCACAACCCACAUCAUUACUAUUGGUUCGUAAACACUGUCGUUGGUGUAUAAUGAAAUGAUUAAUGCAUUUUUACAACUAACGCUAAAGUACGUUAGCUUUGAUAUUGACACCCAACAUUAUUAAUGAACGGAGAAUAAGCAAAAACAAAUGAACAAAGAUGAAGUACAUUAAUAUUGAACGCGUUAUUGGAUUACUUAUAAUUGCUUUUAAGUGCAUAAUGGGAUCCGGUAUUUACGCAAGGUAUAAAUAAGGUAAAUGUGUCUUAUAAAGUGGCAGAGCCUAUAUAUACUACAAGAGUUCGCUUGCUCCGUUAUAGUAUAGCCAAUGCACUGUGUUAUCUGUGUGUCUGAUUCAUUAUCCUUCUAUACAACCAGUUGUUAAUAUACAAGAGGCUCAAUUGCUGCAGGUUAUCCAAGGAAAGUGAUGAACAGUUGGUACAUUUAACGACACAUUUUACGUAUCUACGAUACUAUCGACACUUGGCCAAGAGUGAGAGAAGAAACACGCUACCGUCACCUAUGUUAAACUUACGGAUAUAGCAGAAAAGAUUCUUAUACCAGCAAGUUUCCAAAACCACGAAAUUACUUACGUUACCACUACCUUUUAUAUGCGAGUAGUGAAACACUAUUGGAACUGGGGCAGCUUUUUUCUCUCCUUUUUUUCUAUUAACUAAUUUGUUUGACAACUAAUUCUUAUAAAAGGAACUCUGAAAGUACGAAGGGGAACCAGUUGUAUAAUUCCAGGAUGGCUUGGAAGGUAGUCUGCUUACUACUUAUAUCUGCAGGCACUGUCCUAGCCAGUACCACGACUCUUGAGAGAUCAAAAAGAGUCAACGAUCCUAAUUCCGAAUAUCAGCUGCUGAAGGAUAUAUUCAGUGAACACAACCCUCUUGUGUGGCCGUUCCCAGGAAAGAAUACUGCUGAUGUUCAACUCGUGUACGUUUUCAACGCUCUGUUGGAGUUCGACGAGAAAAGACAGAUUCUGCGCACCUCGGGGAUGUUUUUCAUCGAGUGGGAAGACAACAGCUUGGUCUGGGAACCAAAACACUACAACGACACCAAUGUGAUCUACGUUCAUCCCAGCAUGAUAUGGAAGCCCGACAUGGUUAUCGUUAAUUCGGUGAAGGCGUUUGGCGUGAUAGGAACGGACUCUAUGAAAAUGUACAUCGAUUACGAAGGGCACGUAAUGUGGUUUCCCGGGGACUUCUUCGAAACCUACUGCAAGGUGGACAUCACCUAUUACCCACUGGACGUCCAGAAAUGUAAAAUAGAUCUAAAGAUCUGGGGUUGCCCACAGAAAGGAGCCAACGUGGUGCUGCCGGAUAACCCCGUGGAUAACGUUGCGGAGAAGAAUGGAGAGUGGGAAGUGCUGGAGAUAACCAGCGACACGACAGACGAAGUGGGCAGACUUGGGGCCUCAUUCGUCGUCCACCUGAAGCGUCGCAGGAUGUUCUACGUCGUCAACAUGAUGCUGCCGGUGAUUUUCCUGUCUUUUCUCAACUUCCUGGUGUUCGGUCUGCCCGCGGAGUCGGGCGAGAAGAUGACGCUGAGCAUCUCCGUCCUGAUCUCGUAUGCCGUCUUUCUCACGCUCGUCAACGACAAGCUACCGGAAAACUCCGAAGGUCUCUGCUGCUUCAGCGCUUAUCUGGCCGCGGAGGUCUUCAUCAGUGUGACGUCAACCCUGGUCACUGUGCUCGUCCUCAACCUCUACCAUCGACCGCGUGGAACUCGCCUGUCGUCAAGGUAUCUUCUGUGGAUGGUGAAACCUCUGAAAGACCCGCUCACCAUGUACGACGAAACCAACCGCAAUGUGUGGACCACGGACACAAUGGAACUGAUGGACAUGCACGAGAAGGAAGAGGAUGGCAAGGAGAAGCCGCCUGCCCACGAAUACGUCCUCUGGAGAGAUAUUGCCAAGGCUGUCGACAGAUUCUGCUUCAGACUCUUCUGGUUCCUGAACACCCUUGUUACCAUCCUCUUUCUUCUCGGGAUCUCCGGCAUCAUCUUCUAGUGGAAUGAAUACCGCAGGCAUCACCUCUUAUACCAAUGAAUCUGAGUUAGAAAACAAUAUUAAAAUCUUAUCUCUUGCACAAAACAGAGUCAAAAGAAUAUUACAACUGCUCUCGUGAGUUACUAGGAAGUGGUAUCACCUCCUAUCUAUGGAUCAGAAUAACAAAACAAUUUCUAAGUCGUAUCUCUGCACAAAGAACGAUAUCAUAACUGCUAUCAUCAGCUAUUAGGAAGUGGCAUCACCUCCUACCCAUGAAUGUGAAUUACUAAACAGUUUCAAAUUCGUAUCUCUGCACAAAGAACAAUAUAACUUCCCCAUCAGAUAUUAGGGAGUAGCAUUACCUCCUACCUAUGAAACUAAAUUACAAAAUCAUUUCUAAAUCGUAUCUCUUGCACAAGGCAGAGUCAGAACAAUAUCAUAACUUUGAGACACUAGGAUAGCUGCGAUUUCCAAGCUGUUCAUUGAUACAGUGAACACUUACGAAUGUAAAAUCUCUCAGUAAAUACAAUACUGUCAGUAUUUUAAGAGCUAAAUUAGAUUAUCGUUGCGAUCAGCCAACUUUUGCUGUAUGAAGUCAUUCGGUUUAAUGUAAAGCGCAUGAACCAGU